UGUUUAAAAUGAAGACUUUGAAUUCUAACGGCUGAGUUCUCGGGAGGACUCGGCGGCCUUAGGUCGGAGGCAGGAGCUGACGGGCAUCAUGGACAGAUCUAAAGAAAACUGUGUUGCAGGGCCUGUGAAGACUACGAUUCCACUUGGUGAUGGUCCAAAACGUGUCCUGGUGACUCAGCAGUUCCCUUCUCAGCAUCCAUUGUUUGCAAACAGUGGCCAGGCUCAGCGGGUCUUGUGUCCUUCAAAUUCCUCCCACCGAGCUCCUACACAAGCACAGAAGCUUGUCUCCAGCCACAGACCGGUUCAGAAUCUGAAGCAGAAGCAAUCGCAGGCAACCAGUGCCCCUCCUCCUGUCUCCAGGCCGCUGAGUAGUACCCAAAAGAGUGAGCAGCCUCAGCCAUCAGCCCCUGGAAAUAAUUCUGAAAAGGAACACACAUCAAAAGAGAAAAACGAAGACUCAAAAAAAAGGCAAUGGGCUUUGGAAGAUUUUGAAAUUGGUCGUCCACUGGGUAAAGGAAAGUUUGGUAAUGUUUAUUUGGCGAGAGAAAAACAAAGCAAGUUUAUCCUGGCUCUUAAAGUAUUAUUUAAAGCUCAGCUGGAGAAAGCAGGAGUUGAGCAUCAGCUGAGAAGAGAAGUAGAAAUACAGUCCCAUCUUAGGCAUCCAAAUAUUCUCAGACUGUAUGGUUACUUCCAUGAUGCCACCAGAGUUUACCUCAUUCUAGAAUAUGCACCUCUUGGAGCUGUCUAUAGAGAACUUCAGAAACUGUCCAAGUUUGAUGAGCAGAGAACUGCUACUUAUAUCACAGAAUUGGCAAAUGCGCUGGCUUACUGUCAUUCGAAGAGAGUUAUUCACAGAGACAUUAAGCCUGAGAACCUGCUUCUUGGAUCAGCUGGAGAGCUUAAGAUUGCAGAUUUUGGGUGGUCAGUACAUGCCCCAUCCUCCAGGAGAACCACCCUCUGUGGCACCCUGGACUACCUGCCCCCUGAGAUGAUUGAAGGCCGAAUGCAUGAUGAGAAGGUGGAUCUCUGGAGCCUUGGGGUUCUUUGCUAUGAAUUUUUAGUUGGGAAGCCUCCUUUUGAGGCAAGCACAUACCAAGAGACCUACAAAAGAAUAUCACGGGUUGAAUUCACAUUCCCUGACUUUGUACCAGACGGAGCUAGGGACCUCAUUUCAAGACUGCUGAAGCAUAAUCCCAGCCAAAGGCCGACUCUAAAAGAAGUACUUGAACACCCCUGGAUCACAGCAAAUGCAUCAAAACCAUCAAAUAGCCAAAAAAGCAAAGAAUCAACUAGCAAACAAUCUUAAAACUCUUGCAAGGGGAGAAGUCCUUGAGCCAGGGCUACUGAACAAUCUGUCAGGAACAGGCUACUGACAUUAACUUACUCUUGACUGCCUGCCUGUAGUGGAGAGAGCCACAGAAAAUGUUGUUUUACUGAGCAGGCAGUGCCUCGGCCUCCCCCUUCAGAAAGUUCGACUUCAAUCAACAUGACACUCUAAAGUGAAAGUAGCCACGAGAGCUGUCUAAUUUCACUGGUUUCAUAACCUGGAGGCAAAGUUCAACUGCAGCCGCCCCACAGUGUUUCAGGUUUGGCAUCCUUGUGGAUGGCGACCUCGGAGUCCAGUUGUGGGGAACUGGCUGCUUUGCCCUGACCUGAUCAGUUACAGAGCCGUGCAAUAACCUCCCCAGUGCUGAGUGUGUGUGUAACUUAUUGGGCGGCCAAGCCUGGCAAAGCUGUCAGAAUGAAUAUGUGAUUUGUUCUUUUAAAUGUUAAAAAUAAAGAUAUUGUAUAGACUUGUA